AUGGCUGAUGAUCACGUCCAGUACUUGCGCGACGAGGAAGUGCAAGACUUCUUGAAUGAUCUCGACAUUGACAAAGACGGCUUCGUCACUUACUUCGAACUCGAGUCCAAGCUUGACCAGGUCCACAGUGAGAUUGCUCCUACCCCAGCACCACAUAACCUGCAUCAUCAGGACAGCGACCAGAAAGAGCGGCACGCCUUUCUCCGCAGUGUUUUGGGUACAGAAGCCGACAAAAUCCCCUGGGAGAAUUUCGCCGAGAUUGUCAAGACGUGGAAGGUGCCCUCUCUGAUCCAAGACAAGGAGGUUGAAGACGAGGCCUCGCAAUACUUGAAAUCGCUUGCCCUAGGUCGGAAACUCCGCGCACGUUGGGAAGUCCACGGCCCGGUCUGGGUUUUCAUGACUCUAGUGGUGUCACUUCAACUCGGCUUUGGAAUCUGGCAGUUGGUCAAAUACCUUACGGGCAUGCAAUAUCGACAAGCCUUUGGGUGGGGACUGGUGUUAGCGAAGACGUCCGCCGGCGCCUUGUAUCCAACAUUAUUCUUCCUUGUCAUCUCCAUGUCCAGAUGGCUGGCGACAUUCCUCAGGAGAUUCUAUCUCCUCUCCCGCUUCAUCAACUGGGAUCUGUCGCAGUCUUUCCACAUCAAAAUGUCCAUUUGCGCUCUAUGCCUCGCAACGGUACACGCAAUUGGCCAUCUGACGGGAACAUUUCUGUAUGGUAGUCGGCCCGCGCAACAACCUAAGGUUGCAAUAAUUUUAGGCCUAGAGGCGGUUCCCCGGCCAUACAGAACCUACAUUGCAUCUCUUCCUGGCUGGAGUGGUCUCACAUCUCUUAUCUUAUUCUAUAUAAUAGCAGCCCUAAGUAUGCCGCAGGUUAGGAAAUGGAGCUAUGAAAUCUUCCAGCUAGGCCAUUUGUUGAUGUUUCCUUUACUUGGACUGCUGUGUGCCCAUGGAACUACCCAAUUAGUCCAGUUCACCAUGCUGGGAUAUUGGCUGUCAAUCCCAAUUAUUCUCGUCCUCGUUGAACGAAUAACCCGAAUUUUGCUCGGCUUCCACCGCAUACCGGCUAGAGUCGAAGUGCUCGAUGAAGAUACUGUCCGUGUUACAAUCACGAUUCCCAAGCAUCGCUUGUGGAACUAUGUGGCUGGUCAAUACGUCCUGCUACAAGUACCUCAGAUCUCGUUUUUCCAAUGGCACCCUUUCACGAUCUCAACUUGCACAGAUCGAGAAAUGCAGCUUCACAUCAAAACGGAUGGAGACUGGGCCUCGAAGCUGAAAAACCUGACGAAAGAAAAUGGCUCAGAGCUGAAAUGGGCCGGGAUCGACGGGCCGUAUGGAGCUCCAGCUCAGCGAUUCUAUGAUUUCGAUCAAAGCAUUAUCAUGGGCGCCGGGAUCGGCGUCACGCCCUUCUCAGGUAUUCUUCAUGAUUUACGCGUCAGUUCGGACGAAGGAUGGGCCCGCCGAACGUCCUCAAUAUCCAGCACAUCAAGAAGAGCAUCAACCUCUUCCUCUUCCAUAACCGCGCAUCCAGCACACCGGGCGCCCACAUCCGACGACCAAGCCCAGCAGAGCGCGCUCGACCGCAUCGAUCCGAGCUCCGAGAAACCCACAACUCCACCAUCCAAAUACCGCCGCAUCGACUUCCACUGGACCGUGCGCGACCGCAACUAUCUCCUCUGGUUCUCCGACCUGCUGAACCAGAUCUCUCGCCCGCCACCGGGCCAGACGCACAACCCGAACCUCGACAUCCGCAUCCAGACCCACGUGACGCAAAAGCGCAAAAACAUCUCCACCCACAUCUUCCGCCUGCUCCUCGAGAAACACCGCACGGAGAGCCAUCCCGCCUCGCCCAUCACGGGGCUCCUCAACCCGACCAAUUUCGGCAGACCGAAUCUGGCAUACAUUAUGGAUCGGCAUUAUGAGGAUAUGCUGGAAUUGUUGAAGAGGAGGAGAGGAAAGGGGAGGGAGGAUGGUGCUGCUGCUGCUGCUGCUGGGGAUGCAGGUGGUGGUGAUGAUGAGGAGUUCAAGGUAGGGGUUUUCUUCUGUGGUGCGCCCGCCAUAGGGCAUGAGUUGGCGGAUCGGUGUCGGUUGUUGACGGCGAGGGGGAGGGAGGAUCGGAGCUUGAUUGAGUAUCAUUUCAUGACGGAGGUUUUUGUGUGA